AUGUCCAACACACUCCGUCCCUAUCUUACAGCUGUUCGUUCAACUUUGACCGCUGCAUUAUGUUUAGAAAACUUUUCUUCUCAAAUUGCUGAAAGACACAAUGCACCUGAAAUUGAAUCAGGAAAAUCAAAAGAAUUAUUAAUGAACCCUUUAGUUAUCAGUCGUAAUGAAAAUGAGAAAGUGUUGAUUGAACCUUCUGUUAAUUCAGUUCGUGUUAGUAUCAAGAUUAAGCAAGCAGAUGAUCUUGAACGUAUAUUAUGCCACAAGUUCUCUCGUUUCUUAAUGAUGAGAGCUGAAAAUUUCGUUAUUUUACGUAGAAAACCUAUUGAUGGCUAUGACAUUUCUUUCUUGAUUACGAAUAAUCAUACGGAACAAAUGUAUAAGCAUAAAUUGGUUGAUUUCAUUGUUCAUUUCAUGGAAGAAGUGGAUAAGGAAAUUUCAGAAAUGAAGUUAAGUGUAAAUACUCGUGCAAGAAUUGUUGCAGAAAGCUACUUGGUCCAGUUUGCUUAA